AUGGCCACCCCUUUCGACGUGCAUACCUGGUAUAGACUCACAAAUGACUAUCUCGGACCUCGAAUUGCGCUCGAUGUAGUUGAAGAUGGGCUGGGAAACCCGCAAGGUGUCUUGAAGAUGGCUCCCGUGGGUGAAUACCCCGGCCAGUACUGGCAGUUUGUCCCCCAGUCUUCAGGAACGUUCAAGCUGCAUUCAAAAUUUUUUGGCCAUCAAAUGGCACUUGACGUAUGGGGAAACAAUAAAAUCAUGCCGCAUUUGGCACGAGCAGGCCAUUUUUCUGGGCAGUACUGGAAGAUCCUGGAAUGGGGCGAUGGGACAUGGAAAUUGUCUAAUGGAUACUCAGGGUCGAAUUUCUUCUUGGAUACGUAUUCAGAUACCCAUGAUCCUUUCAUGGCGGAAGGGAACCAUACAGGGCAGCACUGGACCAUUACACCGAUUGCCAAUAUUGCAGGGGGGAACUGCUUUCAGGAUGGGGGAGCAAACCGAAGACGCAAUGAAACGGAUACGCAUUAUCGCCGGGUCAAAAUCGCAGUCAUCGAUACGGGUCUCGAUCCAGAACAUGGAUUGGCAAACAAGAUCAACUAUAAAGAUUUCGUUGAAGAGGGAUCAACGGAGCGAAAAGACUGUACUGGACACGGAACGAUCUCUGUUGACCUCAUUCUCAGAGUUUACGAGGCAGCCGAUCUCUACGUGGCUAGGGUUUUUGAGAGGGAUGAGGCAGAUGAAAGGAAGGAGCCCUAUCUCACUGCAAAAGCAAUUCGAUGGGCUGUGAAUCAGAAAGUUGAUAUUAUCAGCAUUUCAGCCGGAUUCAGAACCUCACCGAGAGAUUUACGCGAGGCGGUCAAUGAAGCGUCUGCAGCGAAUAUCCUCAUCUUCGCCGCAGCGUCCAACUGGGGAAACCUUGACGAGGUGGCAUACCCGGCUCGAAUGAAGGACCACGUAUUUUGUAUAUUUUCAACAAAUGGCACAUUGAAAAAUAGUUCUCGAUACAACCCGGAGCCACGAUCUAAUGCAGAUAAUUUCGCGAUUUUGGGGGAGGGUAUCGAGUUGUAUCCAGGGAGAGAGCCUGUGCAAGGAACAUCGAUGGCAACAGCGAUCGCAGCGGGCCUAGCUGGUCGGAUUCUAGACUUUGCUAGGCAUACAGAUUGCCGAGAUAACAUCGAAGGGGGUGACAUUAUUCAUACGAAAGCGGGUAUGACGGCAAUCUUCAAGGCGAUUUCCAGGUCCAGUGCCAACUAUGACUGCAUUGCACCAUGGAGACUGUUGAAGAUGCAGUGGCAAGGUGAUAGGGAAAAUCGAGAAAAGGAUCGAGAAGAUGUACGGAAGAGAAUAUCGGAUGCGAUAGAGAUGGCAAAUUAA